CUUCUGCAUGCGCUGUCAGUGUACUGGUCUGCUGCAAGGGAUUGCGCGCUCCUUUGCUUCCCACAUUUACUGCCCUGCCUGCCUACCAGCACCAGCCUUCAGCAGCCUCUUCCAGCUGGCUGAGAAAAGCAAGGGAGUGAACGAAACCUGCGAGCCACAGGGGAUGCGAGCUGCCUCUAAACCGAUAUGAACCAUUGAGAUGACAAGGAAUACUGUUACACAAGAAAACAGUGAACAGGCUUCAUCCUCUUUAAUUUCUUUUUCUGUCCUCGCUUCCGACACCGAAAGAACGAUAAACAGCUUGAAUGGAUUUAAACAUUACAAGACAGUGAUUUCUUCCUGAGAUGGAUGAUAAUACAUUUCGACAGAUCUGCUGAAACUUAAGCGGAGAGAAGAGAAGGAAAAGAACAGGACAGAUAUUUUGAAAAAUUUUCCAGUGGUCUUUUUUUCCUUUUUAUGGUUGUCUCUACGUCCCUCUGAUCAUUGCAGCAGAGGACUGCGGAGGAGCAAAAGAGACAGAGCUCAUGCAUGCAGACAGGGGAACUUGCACUUCCUAUCAUCUCGCUGAAAGCUACUUGGAUUCCUUCUCUUUCUGGCUCUUUCACUUGAAAAGAACUAAGACAUUGUAAGCCUGCCAAGGAUCUGGUGUCCGCUGAAAAGAGAGAAACACUGGGGGGGGCAGAAUUUGUACCACAGUGGGGUCUUUUUUAGAUGCGUAUACAUAAUUAGUGUCGGGGUACAAAGCAAGAAGCUGAAUGGAGAUUGUCAGCUUUUGGAUAGGGGUGAGUCGGAAUCUUUUCGAAUAAGACUGAUUGGUGAGGACAAUUUUAUUUUUCAUCCCCUCUACUCUCCAUUGACUGCCUGAUAUCGAACAUGAGCAACAAGACUUGAUCUGUAUUCUUUGCAUUUUUGGACUCCCUCCGUGGACUGAGUAAAAGUAAUAUACUAGUGUCUGCAACCGAAAUACCAGGAACUAAAAUAAAUAGUUUAUUUAAAUAUGAUGUGAUGCAUAUGAUCCAAUAGCUGAAAAAAACAAUAUCCAGAGUGAUUCAAUGGACAUUUUCUCCCUUACAUUCCUGGAUAUUUAUGCUAAUGGAUUUCCUCCUAAUUGGACUGUACUUAAAGUGGCCACUGAAGAAGCCCCCUGGGUUGAUACUGUGUUCAUUGGGCAUUUUUCUAAGAACCGUUACCUUGGUAGAAGGGGUUUGUCCAAAGCUGUGCCGCUGCGACAGCAAGCUGCUGUAUUGCGAGGGGCUAAACCUCACAGACAUUCCCCGCAAUCUAAGCAGUGCCAUGGGCCUGUCAAUGAGAGAGAACAACUUGACCGAGUUGCGUGAAGGCCAACUGGCUGGUCUGUCACAGCUAACCUGGCUUUAUCUAGAUCACAACAGCAUUGACAUUGUAGAGGAGGGUGCAUUUGACAGGCUAAGACGAGUCAAGGAGUUGGACCUGAGCAGCAACCGGAUUGAGAGUCUGCCAAAUGGUACCUUUAGACCCCUUCCAAACCUGCGUAUCCUGGACCUCUCAUACAACAGACUGCAGGCACUCGAGCCUGACCUGUUCCAUGGCCUUAGAAAGCUUACCAAUUUGCAUUUGCGCUACAAUACUCUCAAAUCUGUGCCAGUGAGGAUUUUUCAAGACUGCAGGAGCAUGCAAUUUCUGGACUUGGGAUACAACCAGCUGCAGAGCCUGGCACGAAACUCCUUUGCUGGCCUCUUCAAGCUGACCGAGUUGCAUCUUGAGCACAAUGAGCUGGUCAAAGUCAACCUUGCCCACUUCCCCCGCCUCAUCUCUUUACGUACUCUGUACAUGCACAACAAUCGUGCCACCAUUGUUGUCAAUACCUUAGAGUGGACAUGGCAUUAUUUAGACAAGAUUGACCUGUCAGCCAAUGAAAUUGAGUACAUUGAGUCACAUGUUUUUGAGAGCACCCCCAACCUUAAAGUGCUGAUGCUCGACUCCAAUCGUUUGACCUCUGUGGACCAGCGGAUCCUGGAUUCGUGGUCAUCUCUGGACAGCAUUACGCUGGCAGGGAAUGACUGGGAGUGCAGUCGCAAUGUGUGUGCCUUGGCCACUUGGCUGAGUGCCUUCCGAGGCCAGCGUGACAGUUCCCUACUGUGUUCAAGCCCCGACACUGCACAGGGCGAAGACGUGUUGGAUGCCGUCUAUGCUUUUCAGCUAUGUGAGGAUUCCCCCAUAGAGGUAACCACAGCAGGCUCAUAUGCCUCUACAAGGGAUCUGGCCCAGGGUGGCUCUGUUUUCUUGGGUCCAUUCACUCCAAACCCUUAUGAGGGUGAGGGUAGUGAGGUGGUCACCAGUUCCUUCACAGUCACAGUGGGCUAUGAGGAUCCGGAGAGUACCAUGCAGAUCCACAAGGUUGUGACUGGUACCAUGGCACUCAUUUUCACCUUUCUAAUCAUAGUGCUCAUGCUGUAUGUGGCAUGGAAGUGCUUUCCAGCUGGAAUAAGGCAACUGAGGCAAUGCUUCACCAGUCAGCGUCGUAAGCAGAAGCAAAAGCAAAGCAUGCAACAGAUGGCUACAAUUUCUACACCGGAAUACUAUGUCGACUAUAAACCUAACCACAUUGAGGGAGCUUUGGUGAUCAUAAAUGAAUACGGCUCUUGCACUUGCCAACAGCAACCAUCUCGAGAAUGUGAGGUGUGACCUUGUUUUUCGAGUAAGUCUUUACCAGUGAUUAUGUGGAUAUAGAGUAAAUCCAUUUUGGAUGCACUGGGGAGGGGUACUUUAUGGGACAAAGGGAAUAAGUGGAUCCUUUGGACGCUUUUUACUCACUGUGAUGUGGAGGGAGUGUGCUUUAUUUGCCUGACUAUUUUGUGGUGGAUAUACUGCUACUGCUAUCUACUUCUGUUCUGAAAUCACAGGGCAUAAUCAGGACCUGACUGUUGGACCUGUUGAUGUUCUAAAGAAACACAAAGGAAUACAUUGUGGGCACUGAGGCUUUUCUCUCGUGGAUGGAUAUUUGAGCUUUAAUGCGUCUUUCUACUACAGGACAUAUGAAUAUUGUCAAAAAAAAGUAAAUGGGACCCACGAGAAGAAAAGAGAGAAAGAGAGAAAAAAAGCCUUUGUAUUAUGGUACAUAAAAUAUUUGAUGCGCAUUUAAAAUAUCAAGAACAUGUUUAAUUAAAAAUGUAAAAAUUUAAGUCUGUGUAAAAUAUGUUAAAAGAAGAUGUGCAAGUGUGGACAAAAAUGAAAAUGUGAUAAUCUAUUUCUUUUUUAAGCAACAAAAAAUGUUUAAAUAAAUGAACUGUUAUUCACAGUAAAGUCACUUGGAAGUUAUACGCCUGCCACAGAGGACGAACAGUAAUUGAUGCAGAUGUGCUCAUUGACCAGAGAGCCUCGACUGCAGUGUAACAAAGAAAAAAAAAGAAAAAAAUGGAAAAAGUAUUAAAAAAACAAUGAAGUCUAAAAUAAAAGGGGCGGAGGGAUAUCUGCAUCUCAUCUCCGAUGUAAAAUUUGUGGUCUGAAUUUAAGAUCUCUGUUUUAGUCACAUUUGUUGGUUUAUCAUUCAUUGUGUUGACUUACCAUUAGUGUAAAUUAUUUCCCAUUGCUUCUUUGUGAACAAAUGCAAAAUGAUCCAUUUAAUUUUCAUCAGGCAGAAUAUUAUCAUUUUAUUAUACCACUAUUUGUGUAGCAUCCAAGUAAAGUAAGUAGAUUGUCAAAUAUCUAAAGCUAUGCCUUUCAUUGCCUCUUAUCACACUUUGGCUGUCACAGAAGAGUGUUGCCCCAUUUGACCAAAUCAAGCACACAAAACAAACAAUCAUCAAGACCAUGCACACUUAGAUCAAAUUAUAAUUCAAGUAGUAUCACAACCACUGAAGAGAUUAUCCACCAGCUUCAAGCAAGAUUUGCACAUGCAGUAUUCGCCACAGUGUUUUUAUGUGAUGUGAAAUGUUUGUUAAAAAGAAGGCCAUUUAGAGGUGUGUGUAUAUAUCCUUCUUCCUCUGGUGUAUAUUGUGCAAAUUAGUGCACUGGCAGAUGUUGUGUUUCCUGGGUCCUUUGACAUGAACAGUAUGCUGUGGGGAAGGAGAGGUGGAUGAUCCGAAUGACUGCAGAAACAGGGGUUCAGACUGCUCUCUAGUGUGCAUAUUCUCAUACUGUGGCUGCAUUUUACACAUUGUGCACCAUGUUCUGCAAAUUCCCACAGCUGGGGCAAAAUUGAUAUACUGAAUUUUAAACAGCCUUUUUGAAAAUAAGAUUUUUUGCAUUGUUUUGUGUUCUUUUGCGAUAAAUUAAGAUAAUGUUUACAACUUGUAAGUCAGCAGGAAUAAAAAUGUUUUAAGAACUCAAUGACAAUCAUUACAUAAUUCGCUCAAUAAUUUUCUUUAAAUUUUCAAGUAAAUCAAAAGAAAAAGAGAAGGAAAUGUAGAUGGUUAUCCUGCUUUCUUUAAAUAUACAACAAUGGAUCUAAAAUUAACAGAGUGAAGUUAAAAAGGGUUUUGUGUGUUUUUAAUUGGCAUGGGAUGAAUAAGGUGGUACAGAGUUUGGAGUUUAGCCCAGUCUGAGCAGAAACACAGUUGAUUUAAAGUCACUUGAGAGGUAACAACCAAACUAUGAACCUACUCAUUAUCUACCAUGUGACAUUUCUGAGUGAAAAUCCCUGUGAACGUUCUCUUAAGACUUGGCCAAAAUGUUACAGGAAUUGGCUGUGAAGAUUUAAAAAAGCAAAACACAAUAGACUGACACUGAUACCUCCACCAAAUUACAGUCCCCUACUGCAUCUUAUAGAAUUUCUCUCAAGUAAUGUUCUACACAAAAUUGUCCUGUUAUUGUUGGGAAUUCUGUUUUUACUACUACACCGAAGCUAAUUUCUGAGAGUUCAUCUUCAUACAUAUCUGAUCCUGUGUUUCAACCGAGGGUGGGCUAUUGUAAAGGACCAGAGCAAAAUAACUCUGUAUUAAUCAUUACCAUCAAACCAAUAACUGGAAGAGAGUGAAAAAUAAAGGUGAAGAAGCUGCAUUUACUUGUCAACAUGAAAUAUAGGGCCCACAAUGCACUUUCAUCUUUUUGGCCAUUAACAGGUUGAUUAACUCAUCUGAAAAACCUUUAGUGCCAUCAGGCAGUGCAGCAGUAACAAACGCUCUGAACUCUGCAGUUCUUUGUUUAGAAUCAUGUUUUAGGGUGUGAAAAUGACUCUAAGCUGCCAUAUGGGAUUUAUGAUCCACUUCCUAUUUAUGGUAGCAAAGGUGUCUCACUCAACAUGGCUGUUAAUCAUAACCUGCCAUAUCACGUGAAUGCAAAUGACUGCUGAAGCCACCAUGAUGGGGCUGAAGAUUUAUUCCGUACUCUACAUCUUGACAUCCUGUCCAGAAUUUCACCCUCUUUAAAUCCUUCACGGCCCCAUGAACAUGCGACUGCAGGGUAAAUUUGAGGUUGUAAAGCCUCAUUUGUAUAAAUAUUGGAUGGUGUCUGGCAUAGAAGCUAGUACUGGCACCACUAUUGAUUUAAUUUCACUCUUUUCUUAAACAAGCAAACAGGCCGAAAGGUGAUGGAGAAUGGCUCUGAAUAUUUUAAAAGCUUUGAAUCUUAAGGGUUGACAUUAAAGUACUUCAGAGCUCUCAUCUACUCCCUACUCACCUUUACCUUCAGUCUCUAACUCGUGCGAGUCUUUGUGUGAACACACAGCGAACCAAGAGAAAAACAUCAAUUCAUCUAACUGACAACAGAUCAAAUCUCUGCUUGACCCAAGCCUGGUGUGAUGAUUCCCUGAAGGGAGAUAUGAGCUCUCGGACAGCAUCCAUUAUAAAUGCCCUGAUUGAUGAUGCUCAGUAGGAAAUCAAUACAGCUGAGUGGUAACCAAAAUGAUCACAGCGAUAAUAAAUGUAUUCCUCCCACCCUCAAAUUUUUCCUCAAACUGUUGGUAACAGAUGAAAUGUAUUAUUUAUAUGAAAACCUAUAAGUAAUUUGGUGAAUAAUAAGUAAUUCAUGUGCAGGAUUGGGGACGCCUACACAAAUCAAGUUGCUUUUAAGCAGAAAAAACAUGUUAUAUUGUACUUUUUCCAAAGAUACGUGGAAAAGUUGCAGUUUGCCAGCCAGAUGAUAUUCAGGGGAUGUGUACACAGUGCAUACUGUAUGCAAGUAGGUCUGAUAUAAUUGUUUCUUGGCUUAUAUGUAGCACAUUAAAUAUCUGCUGUAUGCACAUGCAGUUAUGUUUGCAUAAGUGUGGUUAAAACACGAGCCAACAGAUAUGGAAGUGAAGGUUAUGUAAAACCACGAUAAAGGCCAGUAACUUCAAACGCUUGGCUGGAAAGGAAGUUACUGAUGUAUGGCGUAAAGGCCCCAUUGAUUAAAUCGUACAAUAUGGAAGUAGUGUGAGGUGCAUGAAAUAAGCCAUUUUGCGAAUAUGGUUAAAGUUAAACAGAAUCUGCAGAUUCAAAUUCCAUGAGUAGAUGGGGGCAAAAUUCCCAAUAAACAUGCUAGCCAUGCUAUAAAGUAGCAAGUGCUACAAUUUGCACCGUAAGAGUCCUGAGACUUGUUCAUGAAUGGUUUUACGUUUUCACGGGUUAAAUAAAGAAAAAUAACAUACAAAAAUGGCCAAAAAAAGGGAGGGGAGGUGGGGGAUAAGACAAAAUGUCACUGCAGAUGUUUAGGAAACAGCUUGCAUUUCAGCUCGAGGGUCCUUGGAGAUGCAAGCAGAUCCCUAAAGAAUAAAUUAACCUGGCUUCCUGUGAGAGGUAUUGAUCCAGCUACAUUUUGCCUUCUCAUUGGGAUUGGGACUGUGCUGCAUAAUAAACACUUAACACCCCCUCAUAACUGGAUGGAGAGCUAAAUCAUGGGUGGUGGCAUGUACUGCAGUGAGCUGUUAGAAGCUGGUGAUGACUAACGACAAUGUGUGGGUGGCUUUCCACAGCUUCUUUCAUAACAGGUGGGGUUAUGAUGAUCAAUAUUCUAAAUCAUUAUUAACAUUAUCUUUAAAAUCCAACUUUUUUGUGUAUGUGUAUGUGGGUGGGGGGGGGGCACGAUGUUUUUAUUACUGUACAACCCCUUCUAUUGUCCGCUUUUUCUCCCCCCAAACCCCGAUGAUCAUUGAUGUCAUUCCACUGUAAUAAAGUCCUGAUGGCCACUGACAAAACCCUGGAUUUAUAAUCUACAUAUACAAGGUAUAACCCUAUACAAGGGGGGAGUAAAUCAAAAUAGGAUACAGGCAGGGAAUUUUGGAACUAAAUGUAUGAAAAAAAAUCCUCUAUUACAAACAAGUAACACACUGUCAAAAUAACAACUUGGGGAAAAAAUGGCAAAGGUCCAAUAGGGCAGUAUAAUUAUAUUCAUUACUCAGGCUAACUCUCCACGGCAGCCUGUAGGUCUCUCUAACCACUGCUUCAUUUACAUGCACCAUACCGGAGCAAUGCUGAAUUAAUAACAAUGACUCGGGAGUCAUUAUUCUAACAUAAAUAUGAAACAGUAGGAAGAGUCGAAGAAUCUGAAUCUGAAACUGGUUAGAAAAUAGCAGUAUGGUUAGCAGUCGGACAUUAUCACACAUCAUACUGAAUAAGAGGGUGGGAAUGGAAUAGGCCCUUAUUAUUGUUAUUAUUAUUAUUUUGUUAUUCUUUUUUUUGCUGGUAAACUUCAUGCUAUGUAUAGGAUUAGCCUAUACUGAUGCGUUAUCUUGCUUUUAGCAUUAACAUUAGGGUUAGUCUGUGAGAUAAUACAUGGGCCAACAACAGCUGGGCCGUCAUCUGGGACUCCAUGUAACCUGUAUAAGAGCAGAUGUGGGUCAGCGCCUAAUAUUCAAAGUAUUACCAUGGCUGAUCUACAAAGCUUUAUCUAGGGCCGGACACAGGAUUUUCUACCCAUUUAUUAUUGUUAUUCAUACCAUCACAGAAGCACAUUGACACCACUUAUGAGGAAUAAAUUAUAUCUAUAACCUCAGCUAAAAAUGUUAAAAUCUCAGAGUUGAAUGUAUCUUUAGAACACAGUUCUAUUUAUCAUGAGUCAUUAGUCCAACAAAUGCUCAUAUUUAAUUAUCACCUAGAGAAAUGUGCCUAAAACCUAUUUCAAAGUCCACAAAAUGAAAAAAGAACAAAGCUUUGAUGUCGGCAGCUGAACUUGUAUUUCAAGGAAACUUAAAAUAUUGUCUGCCAAUAUAGGAAAUCAUUUGAAUAAUGAGAAAGUAUUUCCUGCAUUAUCAAAGUUGUGUUAGCUGAAUAUUCUGAAGGCAUAUUUAUGAAACACUGACACAUUAUAAUACAACUAGCUGAACUAAAUACCGGGGCCUUGAAGCUCCUGGUGUUUCCAGUCAGCAUAAUUAUAUCCUUGCUAUUACCCUCGUCCACUAGUCUCUCACAUCAGGUCAUAGAAAAUGUUUUAUCUUUCAUGUAAAAUUCAUUUAU